UUCCGCCAUUGGCGCCUUACAAGAAGCUGCUGAAGCUUAUUUGGUAGCUCUCUUCGAAGACACUAACUUGGCCGCAAUUCACGCAAAACGUGUCACAAUUCAACCAAAAGAUAUUCAACUCGCCAGAAGACUUCGCG